AUGAUUAUGGAUCAAACUUUGUAAAUCCAAUUAGUAAAGGCCCAUUAGAAAAACGGGAACAGAUAAAUGCUCGCCUAGGUUAGGAAUCACCUUCGGCUGUCAAGAGGGGAUUUUCCAGUUUCCUUGUAUCGUCGAUGUCUAAGCUCCAUUGAACUCAUGGAGAAUAUCGUGACUGUAGAGAAACUCACCGGUUUGGUCAUUGUGGUUGUGAAGAAUGCGAAUGAUGUUAGUGAAGCUAUGGGUUAUUACGAAAGGCUGUUUUCGGCAACAGUGACAGACAUAAAAGAAUUAAAAGGUGCUGGUGGUCAAAUAAUCUCGCGCUGGGUGGAAUUGACGAUUGCUAAUGCUAGGAUUGUGAUAUGCAUGGCUGAUGCUGUUGGGGAUGAUGCUCGUGUUACGUCUGGGAGUACAGUAGAGGUGGUCACGGUUGAUGUUAACUCGUCUUUAGAGGCUUUUAAGAAAGCCGGAGGAGUGGAAGUGGGAAAUAUCUCCCAAGUAGAAGCUUGCCGAGGUGUCAAAGCCAAAGUUAGGGAUCCUUAUGGCUUCAUAUGGUCACUUGCCGAGAAGAUGGAGCGUCCAUCCUCCACACUCCCACUUCUCUUUCCUGCUCUAGAAUCCGAAGUAACUUGGUGGAUGUAUCAUCACCCCAUUGGAAACACUGUGAGACGUCAAUGGAUAGAUAAUCUAAAUCAUGAGCAACAGUACAAUUUGCUAAGAUGUGAGACUUCCAUGGAUGCUUUGGAAAAGUCUUUGUUGAAUGUGAAGCAUCGAAAGUAUUUUUAUCAAAAAACAAAUUUCCAUGCAUUCCAGUCUCAUCCAUCUCUUAGUGAGAUACUACUUGAGCUCGAGCGUAUUAAUGGAAUUUUACAAGGAGUUCAACUAGUUUUCUUCUUGAAUCCUCUUAUUCGGGGGCACGCUCAAGUUCGCGAAUUCAAUAAGAAGCUGAAGGAAAAAUAUGACUUACUUUGGAGCGGACUCCCGUCCUUUGAUUCUCAUCCAAGUCAGUGGUCCGGCCUCAUAGCUGAACGUGAAAGAGCUGCUUGUUAUGUUAGGCAGUUGCUGAAGAGUUUGGAAAGCAGGAGAUAUAAACUCAAUAGGGAUGGGAAGGCUAAUUAUAGAAGUUCGGUUUUAAAUGAGGAGCUUGUGAUGAAUAGAAUGAUGUGGGAGGAGGUACAAACAAAUUGGAGGGCACAAGACAGGACUGAAUAGAUUAUCAAAAUAACAAUGUUGGAACAGGACGGUGUCUUAGUGAGAAGGCUUGUGGAUGCAGGAAUGCUCUUGUUUCAGUCUCUUAACUCUUAUGUGGUGGAUGUUUAAUUAGAUUAGUUUUAAGUCUGUUUGAAUUGGAGCCAGUUCUGAGGCAACUUCUUGUCUCCAUUGUCUUAAAACAUCUUCUAUAUGUUUAAGCUCUUUUAUUGCACU